UUCGGGAGCCUAUGUAUACCUAUACAUACUGAACAUAUACUUUAUUCUAGAUGUCUCAUCUAGAAUUCUGACACAAGGGUAAAGGGGACGAAUGAAAUUAAUCAUAUGUAGGAUCCCGGGCUGCAAAGGCAGUAAACUGCUAUCUUCAUUUUAAUGGCUUCUUAUCUCUACCGUUCAUACCAAUCAUAUUACAUAGAGAUUCAAUGGUGCCAAGUCACUUAUCGCCACCUUUUACUAUUGGAGGCUGAAUGUCACACAGCAUCAAUAACCCAGCGCGAAACUGAAUUUUCUCGUCCUCUCGUGUGGUAGAAAACAAACGCCCAAGAAAAGUUCACGGACGUUCGAGUUGAUUCCACCCGGUCAUCCUUUGCUUAGUUUAAUCUUACGUCUAAGGUAUCUAGUUUUCUGGAAUAAUAAUCCGCUAAGUUAUAUUGAGCCGCAGGAGCCCUCUCGGUAUCAUCAAAAUUCACGUGUAGCUCACUUAGCAAGAUUUCCCCCCAGCUAAAUCUACGACGUUCCCCGAACCCCGCCACAAGAUUUACCUACUAUGACUAUAAUAACUACCACAGGAGAGGAUAUCCGUGGGAAUAGGUCCGCCUCGGUUCUGGAGGAGGUCCAAGAUGUUCAACCCAUUCAUACGCCCCUGAAUGAUUUAUACAAGGAUACCAACAGCAUCCGGCUGGGUGAUAACUCCGAAGCUUUUGACGAUGAAUAUGACUCUGAUUGUCGAAUGAUUUCUAUUUCAGAUGACGACGACGACGACGACGACGACGACGACGACAAGUUAUCCGACAACUGGCUUCAGGCUAGAUUGACGAGACUGCUAAACUCUGCUAAGGGGGUAGCAUCGAAGCCCGUGGUUAACUUUGUGGAGAAGUACCUAAAAGGCACCAAGUUGAUCUUCGUAGUAGGCCAAACGGGGACUGGGAAAUCAACCAUACUACAAGAACUAACUGGCUUGGAUCUGAGUAUUGGGUAUACAUUGAAAUCAGGUACUCAAAAGUACGAAAUCUGUCCCGCUUUCAUUGACGGGAAACAAUAUCUCUUUGUAGACACGGCUGGAUUUGGCGCUGCAGAUAUGGACGACAUGGCAAACUAUUAUAAUAUAAUCAGCUGCUUGAAAGCUCUUGGCCCUUUCGUCACAGUUGCUGGUCUUCUUUUUGUCUACGGCAAAAUGCAAAAUCGACUUCGCAAAGAGGACCUCAAAACCAUCAAAUGGGUUCAGUGCUUCUGCGGCCCAAAGUUCUUCCGAAAUAUUGUCUUCGUCACGAACCACUGGGAUAGUUGGUCCCCAAAAGACUUUGUGAAGAAUUGGACGACAGUCCCAGAACUGCUUAGUCAAGAAGAUAUAAGCCGGAUCCUGAAUCCGCCAGGAGGCUAUCGUGGAGGCUCGGUGUACCAUCACGGCUUUCCAGGAGGUAAAGGAUCCGUUGACGGUUACGACCGUAUGCUAGACCUUGAGGACCACAAAUCCCAAAGAAGCGACGAACUCCGAAACCUUAUCAAACAACACUACGCGAAAGCAACGGGUAUAAAACUGCAAGUUGCUCGCGAGAUCGAAAGUGGCGUUCCCAUAGCGGAAACAGAAGCAGCCAAAGUGUUGAAUGCAGACAUAGUCACCUCUAAAAUCCACAUCAAAAAUGGUCGCGCUCUCAUCACGGUCAAGUCCGAUGCCCCCCAAACAUCAAGUCCCAUUAGAGAAGCCCUACCAACACCAUCUACCUCACAGUUCCAAGUGCAAUCCCAACGAUCGACUGGGCCUGAGCUAAGCACAUCCGACUUGUGUUCAACGGUUCAAGUAGCGAGACCUCGCAAAAUUCAGCCUUUUAUCCCAAAACCUCUCACCUUAAUAGCCCCCCCACCUAUAAAGGAUACAGAGGAUAUAGAGGAAAGAGAAAGUACGGAGGAUACCGGGUCAUCACUCCCUAAAAGUUGGUGGCAGACAGUCAUUGAAUGGACGAAGCUGGCCUUGAAAAUAGCCGACUUUUUCAAGAGUAGUCGCAACAAUAAGCCCAAAGGCCAGAAAGAUAAGACUUCAUAAAUUUAUGGACAAACUGCCUUGAAGCCCUUCGACACCCAUGAGUAUUACUGUUUAAUUAGCCAUCGUCUAAUUAAUAGCAAGUCGGGCAGGGUGGGUACCGUCAGCCUAUUACGUGUAUGAAAGAAGUUAUUCGCAUUCGUUACAAAUAUUUCCUUACAGAUGCACCAUGUAGUUUUCUCUAGUCAGUAGAUUGCAACUUUUCAUAGUUAAUAUCCCUCUUAUAUCACAUAUGAAGAAUGAGGUUUCUGCUAUUAAUACUACGAGCAAUGCUUGACCAGAUAAUAGGAGAAGGGCCGAGAGAAUUUUAAUCUGCCUUAUUAUACCAACAGGUAUCAAGUUUCAAUAUCACAACUCUUUGUCUGGGGCUGCUUAGCUUUUUUUUACUAGAAAUGUAAGUGAUGUAAACGAAGUCUAUUCGGGUACUUGUUAUAUACUUUCGUAAACGAUAUACUUGGAUUUUCAGGGACUCGAGCUGGAAAGUGAGAAUAGGCUACUAGGUUCGAACCCAAGUCCGUUGAAGAGCGCCGAGGGGUUAUUUCUACUCCUAUCACGUCUCUAACCACUAGUUCACGACCAC